AUGUACGAGGACCGCUGCGACGUGGUGGUGGAGCCUGCAGACGCUGCUCCAAAUGUUAUCUUCGGAGGACCGAAGAUGUUGCAGGAUGGCCGAGUUGUUAGCGGCGCCUACAUAGUGAGCGCACUAGAUGCGUUACCUCUAGGUCGGCUCAGCAAGCAACGAAUGCUGGCUCUACUAGAGCUGGUUAAGGGCCCACUUUGCGCCGCGCCCGCUGCCUGGACUCUAUUGAUUCCACAAUUGUCUACAAAUACCGCCUACAUAGUGAGCGCUCUAGAUGCGUUACCUCUAGGCCGGCUGAGCAAGCAACGAAUGCUGGCUUUACUAGAGCUGGUUAACUUACCCAUCGUUUACAGCGCCUACAUAGUGAGCGCACUAGAUGCGUUACCUCUCGGCCGGCUGAGCAAGCAACGAAUGCUGGCUCUACUAGAGCUGGUUAAGGGCCCACUUUGCGCCGCGCCCGCCGCCCGGGCGCUAUUGCUUCCACAUCUGGCGUCGACUGUACGCGCUUUGCUGAAGGAAAAGGCUGAGUUGGAACGAGACGCCGCUCUGAAGUCGCGCUCCGUCGACAAGGCGGCGCGCUUACUCGGCGCCGACACCGCCCGGCUACAUGACACGCAGCACGCGAAGCAGUUAGUGGAGCUCUGCGUGGAAGCGCUAGGCGAAGUCAUGACCCUCCUGGCUAGAGACGACGUGGGCCCAGUGGAAGCUGAUAGAGGAGAGUUGGCCAGGAGACUCCUGCCGACCGUCCUGACCACGGCUGCGUCGAUGCUGAAAGAGCGGAAGACUGACGAGCAGGGUUCAGCUGAUGAUCCGCUACUGCGCCGCAUAAUCUGCGUGCUCCUCGACAUGGUCCGGCAGGCGUCAGACGAGCAGUACACGAUGGUUGUGAAGGCGCUCGAAGCCGAGCACCCGUCCGCGGCCCGCUGCCUCGUCGGCGACGCGCUGGCGCUGCUGACAGAGCUGCUGCGGCGGCCCGUGUUCCGCGCGCACUGGGCCGCCAUGCUGCAUCUACAGCACACGGCCAUGCUGCAGGCGCUCAGAUUACUAGCAACGACCCUCCGAGAUCGUCUAGCCGCUGUAGACGAGCUAGACACAGAAGCCGUUAGCGGCAUCCACGAGAUGUGGCGGGAAUGGUUCACGGCUUGCAGUGCCCUGGCUACGUCACCUGUGUUACAACUGGAGACGCUCCCACCGGCCCGGAAGCAACGAGUGACGGGAUUAUAUGGAGACAUACGGAGACACGUCGCUUCGAUGCUGAGCGAGAUGUGGUUUGGGCUAGGCGAGCACAAGCGCUCCUUCAUCCCGUGCCUGGUGGGCCCGUUCCUGGAAGUGAGCUUCCUCCGAGACGAGGAGGUCCGCAACACGACCAUACCGCUGUUCUUCGACAUGAUGCAGACGGAGUAUAUGCACAGCGUGGCUAGCGGGGAAAGUGAAGGCCUCCUAAAAGACCUAGAGAGCGAGCUGAUUGACAAACUAGACGUCUUAGUCGAGAGUGGGCGUGGGGAUUCUCAGUGGCGGGCACGUUUCGUGUCACUAUGCGGCGCGCUGUGCGGCGCAGCCGCCGGCCCGCUGCGGGUAGCCGCUGCGGCACUGGUGGCGGCAGGAGCGCGUCAACUAGACACACUACUUCAGUACCGCGCGGCCGCUGUGCGUUCCGCCACGCCGCACCGCAUGCACCUCACUACUAGAGUGUUGCACUUUUAUGAGCAAAUCGAGCGACCGCACAUGUACAUACGAUAUGUGCACAAGCUAGCCAACAUGCACCAUUCGGCGGGCCAGUGGGCGGAAGCAGGGCUGGCGCUACGACUGCACGCCAAGCUGUUGUCCUGGACGCCCGAGCCGCUACCACCACGUUUGCGACACCCCUCGCCGCAUACCGCGCCGGCGCAUUCUACGCAUAGGGAGCUUAAGGAAUACCUCUACCUCGAAAUCGCCGAGCUCCUCAACCGAGGUCGGCAAUGGGAGAUAGCCGUCGAGAUAGUCAAGGAGCUAGUCAGUGUGUACGAAGAGGAAGCCUUAGGCUACGGGCCGCUAGCAGAACUGCACGGGCAGUUGGCCGGGCUGUACGGGUGCAUGCUGCGGACGCCGAGAUACCACCCGGGGUACUUCCGAGUGGUGUACUACGGCCGCGGCUUCCCUGAACAUCUGACGCAGCCGCACGGCUUCGUAUACCGAGGCAACGAGUACGAGCAACUGGCGGAGUUCAAGGAGCGCUGUUUGGACGAGUGGCCUGAUGCAGACGUGCUGAUGAAGCUUGACCCGCCGGGCGAUGACGUCGUGCACUCGGACGGACAGUACCUCCAAAUCAACGCAGUGGAGCCGGUGACGAGCGACAAGCUGAAGCGUCUGUCCGGCAAGCCAGUGGCCGACCAGAUACUUAUGUAUUAUAAACAUAAUAAUGUGGAUAAGUUCGUGUUCUCCAGACCUUUCCAUAGGCCGGAAGAGUCACUGAAUGGAUCGUCUGACGACUUGUCUAGUCAAAACGAGUUCGCAACGAGAUGGCUAGAAAGAACUGAACUCGAAAUUAGUGAUAAGUUACCUGGCAUUCUCCGCUGGUUCCCCGUGGUAAAGCAGCGUACAUACUGGGUGUCUCCAGUUGAAGCGGCGGUGGAAGCGCUGCGGGAAUCCAACCGCGCGCUUAAAGCGCUGAUCCUAAGCGCCCGCGCACCGGAUGCGCCGCUGCAGCCGCUCACUAUGCGGCUGAAUGGCAUACUCGACCCGGCCGUGCAAGGCGGCAUAGUGAACUACGAGCGCGCGUUCUUAACGCCUUCGUAUGAAGCGAGGCAUCCUGAGCAUGCUGAACUGCUGACCCAGCUCAAAGACCUCAUCGCUGACCAGAUACCGCUGCUGAAGUUUGGCCUGGAAGUGCACGGCGCGCGAGUGCCGGCGAGCAUGGAAGCCUUACACUCGCACAUGUCGUCACAGUUCAAGAGAGUCCAACAACACGUGCACCAGCGGUAUGGACGGAAGAUGGCGGACUUCGAACCCGAGACCCCGGAGGUUCAGCUGAGAACGAUGAGGGACAGUCUACCCUCGGAUGCUGGCAACACCACCAAUAACCGCAUCUCUGACAUCUCCACGGGGACUAACGAAUCGUCGAGGUCGAAAUUUUUCAGCUUUAAUAGUGCAAUAAAUCCACUAGCAAGUAGGAACAGCAGCGGCGGAGGUUACCUGAACUUCGGCACGCUACAGAGCACACCAAAGAGAAGGGAUAAGCGGAAAGGGAGGAAGAGCGAAGUCGGCGCAAGCGGCAGCCAGUGGUACACGUCAUCAACGCCCAACGGAACCCCUUCAGCCGUCAACAACAACGUCACAACAACAACAACAAACAACAACAACCAGGAACAAACAACCUCCGCGUCGCCUCUGCGUGAGCUCAGGCAGGAGGUACGUACUCUGGUCACUGAGAGGCCUCUCCGAGCGGACGUGGAGCGAGAGAGACGGCUGUCGCAGCGCACCAGUCUGCUGACCUCUUCCGCGCCGCCAUCCAAUAGGGAUUCCAUGGGCACAACAGAUUCAAAUCAAGACGACGAGGAGCCUCCGCCACUCCCCGAGAAACUCUCCCAUCGCAGCAUGGAAUUAGACGAAACAAACAACAACACAGCUGUUCUACCUCCGAGAAACAACUACGACACAGUAUGGACCCCUCGGGGGUCCUUUCUAUACAAUUCCCUGGCUAUGAGACGAAAUACUGGUUCUGAUAAACCCCCCACGCCCCCGCCUAAGAAGAAAAAUGCACAGAAUAACACGUAGGCAAUGUAAGUUUAAAAUGUUUCCAUUUAUUUAUUUUAUUUGACCCCUUGGGGGCCAUUUGUGAACUUGAUAGAUACAAGGCGAAGUAUAGGCGCCAAAUUAUUGUCUAUUGGAGAAAGCAUAAAUUCGAAAGGGAAUUAAAAAAUGUGUCACUUGUAUACAAAUCCAAACUUAAAUCAUAAAAAAA